GCACCAGCUGUUCUCGGUGCCGCCGACAGGUCGACCGGUGAUGAAACUGCCUUCAAUCUCAGACAUCUGGGAAUUUGAGUGGCGGAAAGCUGUGGAACUUUUGGCUGCGACGCGAGUCGGGGGACGAAUAUGCGACGAGUCAUGUUUUGGGAUGACCGUCUACAUGGCUUAUAGGAUGAACAACUUGCUUGGCUAACCAGGUAAGGAAACCGCCUAUAUGGCUUAUAAGAUGUACAACUUGGCUAACCAGGUAAAGACUCUGACCUCCAAAGAAGAUGAGACAAGCGAGGAUGAUAAAUUGAAGCAAACUUCAAAGAAAAAAGUGUACCAUGGUAGCAAUAAGAACAAUACUGUUACUAUGGAAAAAGGACAUCUUGGGUUUGUUAAAGUUGACAUAGAUGGAUUGUCAAUUGGGAGGAAAGUGGAUCUAAAUGCUUCUUCUAUAUAUGCGACUUUAGCCCAAGCACGGGAGGACAUGUUCGCUAAUCCAACCACAGGCAUCACUUCCAUUCGUUCAAGUGGAGAGAGUAAGCAAUCAAGAAAGGCUACCAAGCUUUUAAAUGGAUCAUCCGAAUUUGUGCUUACUUAUGAAGAUAAGGAGGGGGACUUGAUGCUUGUACGAGAUGUUCCUUGGGAGUAUGCACCUUUCAUUUUGUUUUAAAUGAUUAUACUAGUGCAAUAUAUUUAUACUUAUGUAUAUAUGUUAUUGUGAAUGAGUCUUUGUGUGUAUAUAUGCACAUAUUUAUGACUGUUGUUCGUAUAUGCACUACUAAGCCCUAAAUGGCAUCCCAUCAAAUGACAAGACUAGCCUUGUGGAAGAGUAGUUGGUCUAUUUCGAGCAACAUUUUAAGUUGUAGGAGCAGUAGCUCCACUACUAGUAACGUAAUAUUAAACAUUUUGGACCAUGCUUUUAAGGCAUGUUUCAUUCAA